AAAAAAUGGCACCAGUUUUCCCCAAUCAGCUCUAGUUUUUUUUAGAUACAGAACAUAUGGCAUCCACCAGUCGCUAUCUGCUAACCCACAGGAAACCAUGAUAACCAUAUUUAGAAAACUAGAGCAGAUGCGGUCUGUUCAAUGCAGUUCUCUGAGGCCUAAAACCCAAGACACCAUGAUUUUUUGGGUUGUGUGAUAUUUAGCAAACAUAUAUAUGGUAACAGAAUUUUUUUGAUCAAAACUCUUGUCUAGAGCUUGGAAAAUAGACCUUUUGAAUAACUUUUGACUAGCCAUGAUGGCUGGGGGGGGGGGUGUUGGUGGAUUCUGAUCAUUCUUAUGAAAAGUUUUCAUACUUGUUACUAAACGAGCAGCAUUUCCUGGCUCUAUGCGGUCACUGGAUCUGAAGUUUUGGCCAUCAGACUCUUGUGGGGAGCUACCAUAAUCUACUUCAGGACACAUGGCAGGAGUGUGGGAAGAGUUUCCGUCAUUAGACUCUGCAAUAACUAGGAGCUUUGGGCGGCUCUUCCUUCAUUUCUGUCACACAGAAAUCAGCCGUGGCUUUUUGUGGAAUCCUUCUGCAUCUUGUUUGCUGCCCACUGAUCAGCUGGCAAAUAUAUUAUUACACUUCAGGACUCUGGAAAGGAGCAUGUCUAUAUGAGAAUGGCGUCGUGGAAGGGACUCUAUGUCAAUGUGGAGGCACAUGAACAUGGGAUAGAGGAGCCAAGGAACCACGAGCCAAAAAGCCAGCCAGGUAUCAAGGAGCAACCUGAGGAAGACAGUUUAUAUGAGGCUGUUGACCCCGCAACCAGAUUAGAAGCGAAGCAAAGAGAACCAGUGCCUCCCACAUCGUCUCCAGCCAGGACACCAACAUGCUCACGAAAGGUGAUUUUACUCACUGGUGCUGCUCUACUGGCCAUAUCCAUGUUCCUGAAUGUGCUGCUGCUCACAAUGGGAACUGUGCAUUAUUCUAAAAUGGGUGAUACUUUGGAGCAAGUCCGAAAUGAGAACAAGCGACUUCAGGAGACAGUUUCCAGCUCUUUCUUGCUUUACAAUGAGAAUAAAAACGUUUGUGCAACAAACGGGGAAGAAAACUAUCUCACAGCAGUUUCCUGUAGUUCUGAUGUCCGUGCCCAGCAUUUUCAGCUGCUCUUCAGUGGCCUUCUUCGUCAUGUGGCUUCAGGACUUUGUGUGGCAGCCCAAGAGAGAAGAAGCAGAAAGGCACUCCUUCUGAAGCCCUGCAAACCACAGAGCUCCCUCCAGCACUGGACAUGCCGCGACCAUGACCUCCUGGCCCUCAAGGGCUCUGAUCUGUAUUUCAACUAUGGAAACAGUGUUCGUCAGCGAGUGAUACUCUUUGAUGGCAGUGGGCCUUGGAGUCGCUGGCUCAUCUAUGGAACCCACAGCAGCAUCUGCAACUCUUGCACUCCCUUGGGCAGGGACUGGAAUGCCUUUCAAGAGAGCUACUAUUUCUUCUCACAUACUCCGGGGAGUUGGGACGUAGCCAACCAGUCAUGCACUUCCAUGGGAUCCCACCUGUUGACCAUCAACAGUGCAGAGGAGAAGGAUUACGUUGCAAAUGUCAUGAAAAUUACUUCCUACUGGAUUGGACUCACCGAUCAAGAACUCGAAGGUGACUGGAAAUGGGUUGAUGGAACAAAAGCAGAACGUGAAAAGAGCUAUUGGCAUUCUUCUGAGCCCGGCGGCGGAAAAAGUGAGAAUUGUGCCAUGGUGAGCCAUGCUCUAUGGUAUGAUUGCCCCUGCAAAGAGAGAUAUCACUGGAUCUGCAAGAGGAGGAUUCGUCCAAUGACGUGAAGUAUUGUUGUCCUCUACUGAGCAUUCAGGCACCUGAGAAUCACAACAUUUGUAGAGGUAGAGGUCAUGCGGGUUCCAGCUGACCUGCAUGACUGCUCAGCGUUUAACUUCUCCUGGUCAUAUGCUAAGAAAACUGAGUGUAUUGCUAAGGAAGCCCUACAGCGAUUACAAAAUCGAAGAUUCACUCAUUUCAUAGAAACACAUGUAUUAUGCAUAUACCGUGUUUCCCCGAAAAUAAGACAGUGUCUUAUAUUAAUUUUUGCUCCCAAAGAUGCACUAGGUCUUAUUUUCAGGGGAUGUCUUAUUUUUCCAUGAAGAAGAAUUCACAUUUAUUGUUGAACAAAAAUAAAUAAAUUAUUAUAUACUGUACAGUAGUUGUCAUCGCAAACCAGCAUAACCAGACAAACUGUGAAUCCUAUCAAGAAUUUCUUGUUACUACCAAUAUUUCCAUGUACAACACUCUAUGGUACGUACAUUUACCAAUCCUGCAUGCUCUGGUGUUCUGUUUGGCGGGCAUGCUUCCAAACAAAAACUUUGCUAGGUCUUACUUUUGGGGGAGGCCUUAUAUUUAGCAAUUCAGCAAAACCUCUACUGGGUCUUAUUUUCUGGAGAUGUCUUAUUUUAGACGAAACAGGGUAUUUUCUGUUAACUUUUUAGAAACAUAGAACCUUAACGUUGGAAGAGAUCCAUCCUGCCAUGCAGGAGCACACAAUCAAAACACUCCUGACAGAUGGUAACUAUCCUUUGCUUAAAAAUCUCCAGAGAAGGAGGCAACAUAUUCCACUCCAGGCAACGUAUUUCAUUCCAGAACAACUUACUGUCAGGAAGUUCUUCUACUGUUUAAGCAGAAUCACUUUUGCUGCAGUUUGAAUCCCUUGCUCCAUAUCCUAGCCUUUUCUCCAAGCUAAACAUACCCAGCCAUUCCUCAUAGGGCUUGGCUUCAAAACCUUAGAUCAUUUUUACUUCCCCAUUUUCUGGACACAUUCUAGUUUGUCAAUAUCCUUCCUGAAUUAUGGUUCCCAGAACUGAAUACAAUAUUCCAGGUGAAAUCUGACCAAAGCAGUGGGCUGCGGGCUGUGGCGCAGCUGGCUAGUAACCAGCUGCAAUAAAUCACUACCGACCGAGAGGUCAUGAGUUCGAAGCCCGGGUCGGGUUAAGCCCCCGACCAUUAAACAGCCCGGCUUGCUGUUGACCUAUGCAGCCCCGAAAGACAGUUGCAUCUGUCAAGUAGGGAAAUUUAGGUACGCUUUAUGCAGGAGGCUAAUUUAACUAAUUUACAACAUCAUAAAAACUGCCAGCAAAACAUGAGGAAAGGAAUGAGGAAGUACAGCCACUAGUGGACAGUGAAGCAACAGCUCCCCCUGUGGCCAGAAUCGUGAAGCUGGAAAAAAAUGUUAAAUGCCUCUGUGUCUGUCUAUAUAUGUUGUUUGUCUGUUGGCAUUGCAUGUUUGCCAUAUAUGUGUUCAUUGUAAUCCGCCCUGAGACCCCUUUGGGGUGAGACGGGCGAAAUAUAAAUACUGUAAAUAAAAUAAAUAAAUUUGCUUCAGUCUAGGCCAGUGGUUCUCAACCUGUGGGCCCUUAGGUGUUUUGGCCUAUAACUCUCAGAAAUCCCAGCCAGUUUACCAGCUGUUAGGAUUUCUGGGAGUUGAAGGCCAAAACAUCUGGGGACCCACAGGUUGAGAACCACUGGUCUAGGCACUAUACCUAGAAUAGCUUUGGCUUUUUUUAGGUGCUGCAUCACACUGUUGACUCAUGUUCAGCUUAUGGUCUAUUAGAGAUGGGGGAUGGUGGUGGGGGAAGAGAAGGGAUCUAUGUUAAUUGCUGUAAUAACAUGUUUCAUGCAUAUGUCUAUGUUUGAUGUUUUUAUAGUUUUAAAGGUUUUAAUCUACAGUUAUAUGUUUUUGAUUUAGAUAUGUGAUAUAUUUUAUAUAUAUGUAAGGCAUUGAAUUUUGCCAUUUAUUAUGUUGUAAACCGCUUGAGUCCCCCCAGGGGUGAGAAAAGCGGUAUAGAAAUAAGUUAAUAAUAAUAAUAAUAAUAAUAAUAAUAAUAAUAAUAAUAAGACAAGUAGGUGCCACCCAUCCUAUAUUUGUGCAUUUCAUUUUUAUUGCCAAAAUGUAGUACUGUACAUUUUUCCCUGUCGAAAUUCAUUUUGUAAGUUUUGGUCCAGCUCUCUAAUCUGUUAAGGUGAUUUUGGAUUCUGAUCAUGUCCUCUGGGGUAUUACUAUCCCUCCCAGUUUGAUGUCAUCUGCAAAUUUGAUAAGCAUGCCCCACAAAUCUUCAUUGAAGUCAUUGAUAAAGAUGUUGAACAGCACUGGACCCAAGACCGAACCUUGGGGCAACCCUCUGGUCACUUUUCUGCAGGAUUUUUUUUUUUUUAUCGUGUCAGAAGCGACUUGGGAACAUACUGCAAGUCGCUUCUGGUUUGAGAGAAUUGGCAGUAUGCAGAGACAUUGCCCAGGGGAUGCUCAGAUGUAUUACCAUCCUGCUGGGAGGCUUCUAUCAUGUCCCUGCAAGCAAGAGCUGACAUAUGGGAGCUCACCCUGUCUUGCGGAUUCGAACUGGCAACCUUCAGGUCAGCAACCCAACCCUCUAUUCUUAAGCAUCCUUUGGAUUUGGCGAGUUAACCGAUUCCCAAUCCAUCUAACAGUAGCAUUCUUUAGUCCACUGCUUUUAAAACUGUGAUUCCCAAUCCCAAAUUGGGUCCCUUUAGCUCAAUGCUGAGGUCCUGAAAAAAUUGGCAACAGUAAACUUUUUCUGAACAUCACCAACUAGGGGCCUUUUUAGACAUUUACAUGAAUUUGUUGUGUAGUGUUUGCAAUAGAUUCUGCAGAAGAUGCUUCAUCUGUACUUCAUAAGACAUUUACAUGAAUCUGUUGUGCAGUGUUUGCAAUAGAUUCUGCAGAAGAUGCUUCAUCCGUACUUCAUAAGACAAUUACAUGAAUCUGUUGUGCAGUGUUUGCAAUAGAUUCUGCAGAAGAUGCUUCAUCUGUACUUCAUAAAAUGGGAAAUCAGCCUGUUUAGCAAGUCUUGCAAAUGCUGACUUUUAAUCAAAAGAUAUUUUUACCUAUAUAUCAUGUAAAAUUUUCGCAGGUCAAAAGGGCUGCAGGUGGAAAAGUUUUAAAAGCCCUGGCCUAGCCCACAUUUUACUAGUUAAUUUGCAAGAAUAACUCAAGUUUAGUUGGUGAUUGUCCUUCUUAAAAUAUACUGUUCUGGAUUGAACACUGGAUUCUAGAUCUGGAGAAUAGUCUUGUUAGUCAAGUCAGCCAUGAUAUACAUUUGCAAUGCUAACUGAAACAUGGAACCUUGUGAUAAAAUAUGUGAGAAACUAAAUGUGUGACUCUUAAAUGUGAGGUUUGAAUUGCUUGAACCUCUUCAAACAAGAAUCUUUGUCUCCAUGUAUUUGUUAAUGGUGAUACUUUGAAAUGCUAUCCUGUAAAUAUGCAUUUUAUGUGAUUUUGUAACUUUUUUAUUUUUGUGAUAAACUUGAGAAAGCAAU